AUGAACGAACACAACGCCGAAAAGGAGAUUGACUUUGAUCAGCUCAGUGGACAGAUCCAGCAGAUGCACAACAACCGCCACCGGCCACACAAUGGCAGCACCAAUGGCAGCAGUGGUGUUGGUGGAAGCGGCAGUGGCACGGCGCAAGACGGAAGUGCCAGUGCGAGUGGCCGCUUGGACGACUCCAACCGCGACGACUACUACUACAGCUCACCGGAAGACGAGUCCUACUUUCUGGAGCAGCAAUUUCAGCACGACUACAACACGAUGCACGCCGAGCGACUCAACUCAAUGUCAAAAAGUGAGUUACUAAAAGAGUACCUUAUUAUUGAAAAGGAGCUUGAACAUUUGCGCCAAAAGUCCCCCUCUGGAAGUUCGGCCGGUGCCGCUGGAGCCAGCUCAUCAAGGGGGGACGCAUCCGCCAUCAGCUUUACCACCAUCACGAAGAGUCCGCGACCACCGUCAAUGCCCUCUUCACCUCGAGGGCAGUAUCUCAAUGUCCCCUUUGCCCAGCAACAGCAGCAACUCCUUCCCCAGUCAAGCUCACGCAAUCAACAUAAUCACCACCACCACCACCAUAGUCGCCAUCAUCAUCACCACUCUUCCAAUGGCAACUCGUCUUCGCAUAAUCGCUGUCUCAAAGAGAACAAGCGCUUACGUAAGUUGCUGAAGCAGGUGUACAGUCGGUACAAUAGUCUCAUGUACUGCAUCAACUAUGUGAACACCAACAACAACAGUGGCGAGGCUUCGGCCUUUCAAGUGGACGACAGUGGUGUGAGUGUCCAGCACAAUCCUCAACCGAACAGCAGUAGCAGCAGCAGCAACCACCUCUCCCCACCGUCACUGACGCCCGACGACUACCAAAUGAGCAAUGAGAUGCAUUUUCGAAUUGAGAAGUACAUCUCCAAUCCCUCUCCAUCGCCGCUCACCUCUUCCACCAGUCGCGGCGGCGACUCGAGCAGCUCUGCCUCGUACACCUCCUCCAACUCUUCCACUUCAUCCUCGACGUCGGUCACCAGCGAAGAGGAUGGUCCCUCCAACGACGGUGGUCGUCUCUCCACCGCAUCGACGCCCACCAUCCUGGAGCCGCAACAACGCGCCAAGCGCAGCAGCAGCAGCACUGGUGGUAGGUCUACUUCAACCACACCUACUUCUACUCCAGUUCGACCUGCUGGCAACAGCAGUGGCGAACAGCAGCAGCAACCACAUUACGAAGCGACCGGCAACGGACAAUGUGGGUCGUCAUCGACGGAGCUUGAGGCCCGCGAAGUCCUUCACAAGCUGGUGGAUCUCGUGGUGGAUGAUGAUGAUGAUGUCGAAGGUAACUAA